AUGAAACUGCAAUACCUAGUCGCUUUGCUAUCUGUGCAGGCUGUCCCGCCUGUAACGGCCGGCUAUAUACACCAGUAUGCCCUUGUAGGCAGCGUGAUCAGACAACCCAUAGACCAGAAGACUCAAAGGGAAAACCUGAACAAGCUAGUUUCAGACUCACCAUUACUCUCUCUGCAUCGCACGAUCUGCGAAAUCGAAUCAGUCUCCAACCGUGAAGGUGCUGUUGGUGAAGUGCUGCUCAAAUAUCUGAGGGAUCGUGGCUUCACCGUUGAGAAACAGAUCGUCCCUGCUGAUAGGGGAACUAAUAGCACCGCUGAGCGUUUCAACAUCUGGGCAUACCCGAAAGGCUGUCCGCGACCCAAGAUCAUCUUGACUAGCCAUAUCGACACAGUGCCCCCACACAUUAAAUACAGCCUUCAUGCACCGGAUGGUGACUUCGACCGCGCGAAAGUCCGCAUCAUGGGCCGCGGCACCGUGGAUGCAAAGGCCAGUGUUGCCGCGCAGAUCAUCGCGGCUCUUAAGCACCUGAAAUCGAACAAGGACAUCCCCCUGGGUCUCUUGUUUGUCGUCAGUGAAGAAGUUGGCGGGAGUGGCAUGGUCCAUUUCUCAAACUCCGAGCUCAACACCAACCCGCCCUUCUUCCACACGCUCAUUUUUGGCGAACCGACAGAUCUCACGCUGGUCGAUGGCCACAAGGGCAAUCUGCGUGUUACUAUCGAGGCAAAGGGCGUUGCGGCGCAUUCUGGCUACCCCUGGCUCGGCCGCAGCGCUAUCUCAGAAAUCCUCCCCAUUCUCGCCCGCAUGGAUGAAUUGGGUGAUAUUCCCGUGGAAACCGGGGGACUUCCCUCUAGCGAGAAAUACGGCCGUACAACGGUGAAUAUCGGCACCAUAAAAGGAGGCGCAGCAGACAACGUCGUGCCAGAAACUGCAUCGGCUAGCAUUGCUGUGCGCCUUGCAGCUGGCACUCCGGAGGAGGCAGAAGAAAUUAUCAGGAGGGCGGUCCACGAUGUCUCGGGUGGAAGCACAAAUAUCACCGUCAACUUCCCCGAUAGCAUGCCAUACCCUCCUAUCGACUUGGACGUUGAUGUUGAAGGAUUCGAUAUCUCAACGGUGAAUUACGGGACGGAUAUCCCAAAGCUGGAGAUACAUGAUGAGGAGUUGGAGGUGAAGGUUAAGCGCUAUUUGUAUGGACCGGGAACAAUAUUUGUGGCUCAUGGCGCUGAAGAAGGGAUUACCGUGGGUGAUUUGGAGAAGGCAGUUGAGGGGUAUUCUAAGCUGAUUGACGCGGCUGUCAAGAGGGGUUGGCCCAGGGAGGUAGUGGUGAACUAG